AUAAAAGUUCUAAUAGGGUAAAAUUAGGGCACGAAUUCAAAUUCCCUUUAAAAUCCCCUUCAGCCAUUCCACACUCCCAAAACCCUAGUUUUCGCCGGCGUCCAAUUUGUCUGUUCGCCUCAAAAUCCUCCGCCGGCAGCUCAGCAAUCAAACUUUCCGCAGGGGUUAAAAGUCAGCUACAAUGUAUCUUCAGUUUUACAUAAACGAGAAUGGUGAUAAAGUCUACACUACCAAGAAAGAAUCACCACUGGGGUUGCCCACCCAAUCAGCCCAUCCAGCUCGUUUCUCCCCCGAUGACAAGUACUCGAGGCACAGAGUUCUUCUAAAGAAGCGUUUCGGAUUGUUGCCAAUUCAGAAGCCACCUCUGAAAUAUUGAAUACUUUAUUAGGGAUCGAUGGUUUUAAUGCCCUGCUUUAUAGUAGAAUUUUGUCCCUGCCAGGAAGUGAUGCUGUGCACGACCGUUUUGUUACUUGUCCUGGAUAUGUUUAUGUUUAUGCUUAAUACUUGUAUACUAUAUUAUGGUUGUUAUCAGAUUUGAUGGACUUAAUUUGAAAUGAAAAAAAGAAAAAAUGAGAAGUCAAAUUUAAGGACUUGUUUAUGUAGAA